GGCUCUUAGGUUACUAGCUGUCUGGCUCCCAGUGUCCACUACUAUCGACUGCUGACGCCAUGUCCAACGUGGACGUUUUGGAGCAAUUGCAACUGGUGCUCAGGCCCGACAUGUCGGACCGGCGGAUUGUGUGCGUUGAGGAGGCAGACACCGCCAAAGCGGACAUGAUCUUAUCGUUUUACAUGUGGUACGUGUUUACCAAGACUGACCUUCCCGUGUGUAUGGUUGGUAUCCGGGACACAUAUGGUCACUACCAGAACAUAGGACUGAAGUUCCAUUACAACCUGUUGUCGAUGUCCAAUCAAAAGCGAUUUGUGUUUGUCGAGUCUAUUAUGUCCAUUGAUGGUCUGGUCGGCUGCGCGCAAGACCUACUAAAAAGAUACCCUACUGGCUCUGUCUACAUGGUAGUGGAUGACAUCAGUUCGCUAUUGUUGUUGGGUGAGAGCCUUGAGGACAUUGUUGGAUUCCUGAUGUUUUCCAAGCAUCAACCGCGCCUUUGCUUAGUGAUUGGCUGUUGGAAACAUAAGGCUGAUGAAUCAGCUAAGAGGCUAGCAUCUGCUGUGUCGCAUCUGGCCGACAUCAGAGUGGCACUGGCACCGUUAGUUACUGGAUUUUCUAACACCGCAACAGGCACUAUGAGGAUCACUACACACGAAUCACUGUUCCGCAUAGACGAUGUGUCUUACCUGUACAAGUUGGCUGACAAUGGUCUUAAGUUAACGUUAAAUUCAGGCUCUGUCAGAUAAAACCAUUAGGUUUUUAAACAUUUUAAGAGCUGUUCUAAAGUGAUAUGAUGUGAUGUAUCAUGCAUACUGCUUGUAUAAAAUUAAUUAAUAAUAUAUUGUAAAUAAAUAUCAACUAACAAUAACUUGCCUAUUAAUUUUGUUAAAAAAAUGUAUACAAGCAAACUCACACAAUAUUAUAACAUAGUAUUAAAAAUUCAACAAUCACAAAUCACAGAAAAUCAAAAGUAGAACGUAAGUUCAUAACAAUCAGAUCUUUAUUUAAUAAAUAAAUAACAAAAUAACCUUAUUCAUUAUUUUACACAGUUUUAUAACAUUCAUCUACAAUCUAUUAAACUGUCUUUUUUAGUAGCAAUAAAAAUAGUUAAAUAAUUCC